UUUUAUUUUUAAAAAAACACAGUCCGAUAUAAAUUCCCCAUUUGUCUCAGUCUUUCUAUCUUCUCAUAGUAAUUUCAAUUCGAAACGUUUCAAUUUCGUUAUCAAUCCUUGAGCAUGGGAGGAGGAAGAGCGAUGAGAGCUGCGGCUAAGGUGGCCGGAAUUGGAGUGGUUAACUCCGGGAUCCGUGGCGCCAUCUCUUGUGUUCCUCCAUCGGCGGAGCAGGCGGUGCGCAAUGCUUCCCGUCCUGUUUCGGCGAUCAUAUCGUCCACGCUGAGUGGAGGUGAGGUUGCGGCGACGGUGCAGAGGCCUUCGUGGGAGCUGGAUGAGUGGGAGUUCGCUGGUGGCGUGGAAGAGGAGACGGUUGUGCAUUCGGCUGAGCCUGUGGCUAGAGUUGUUUUCGGUGGUGCACCGCCGAGUUUGCAGGAGGCUGAGGCAGCUACUUUUGAAUUGAAAGAUGCUCUCCAAAAAGUAUAUCUGUCGUCUCCGAACUCAGGAACUGCCAGUUCAGUUGGAGGUAGUCAGUUGUCUGGCCUCCCUUUGCUAAGAAAAUCUGACUCUUUGGAAACUAAAGACUGUAUUCCCUGUGACCCAACUGGAGCUCCUGUGCCAAAAUAUGCUAUGCAGGCAUUUUCAUUGCUUAAUGAAAGUCCUAAAAUUCAGGUUCUGAUACAUCACUCUUCCCUUGAACUGUUGUUGCUGCAGUUGCCUCUGAUCCAAAUGUCUGGAACGCAGUUUGGGAGAAUGAAGCCCUUCAGGAUUUCCUCCAGUCCCAGAAUACUACCUAUACCCAGUCAUCUGAAGCCAAGGAAUUUGUCAGGGAUACCUACUCUCAGGAUGCAGUAUCUUCUAAGAAGUUCACUGAAUUAUCUGAUGAUGAAAGUGAAGCUCAAAGCUCUCAAACUGAACUCGUGGAUAUUAUCAAUAACGUCAAGCUUACUGUGGUUGACAUGGUGACCAACGUGUCUGCUUACUUCCAAAAGAUUUUUAGCUUUUCAUCCGCAGAGCACACUCCUGCUGCCAAUGAAAGGGCUGGAGCAGCUACCAUCGAAAAGACCAUAGGAGCAUCUCUCAUGGGACUGGCAGUGAUUGUUAUUAUGGUGGUUGUGCUGAGGCGUCCUUAAAAGUUCAUUUCCUGGCAAGCCGGCCCGUACAUUUGCCAAGCCUGCAGACUUAAUUGUGUUUCUGGAUGCUUAAAUGGAUGCCUAAAAAAUGUUCUAGAUAUAGCAUAUUUAUGUAUAGUUUUGAAAGAUGAACAUUGAGUACUACGCAUCCAUGUUUGAAUAAUUUUCGUUUUAUUUUUCCAUCAUGCUGCAUUUCACCUGUUGAGGUUGACCUACUGGAGCAACCACUUGUUGCAAUAGUGAUCUCUUUUGGAUGAUAGAUGAAGACGAAAAACAAUGAAAAGUACUUAUUUAUAAUCC